CUUUUCCUGGUGCUACGUAGCAACUCCUAUCGGUGGGGUUGACCCUGAACCUGUAUUGGUCUUUUUGUCUCUGCGAUCAUCAUCACCUUUGAGGAAACGGCUUCGGACUGAUCGUUUCGCCCCCAUGGCGCAACCUUCCCAAAGUGACAAGCUCGAAGAACUGUUGAAUAAAAUCCACUACUCGGAUCGGUAUUCCGAUGAUGAAUUUGAGUAUCGGCACGUCAUCCUACCGAAACCGUUGUUCAAGAUGAUUCCAAAGCAAUAUUUCAAUCCCGACGAAUCAGGGACACUGCGCCUCUUGACCGAAGCCGAAUGGCGAGGAAUCGGUAUCACUCAGAGUCUUGGAUGGGUUCAUUACGAGGUUCAUGCACCUGAACCGCAUGUCUUGCUGUUCCGACGACCGAAGAACUUCGAUGCAGAACAUCAGGUUGCACCGGCCGCCAAUGGCAAGAAAGCUGCGCCACGACGGAAAUAGGCAUCGUAGUAUACACAUCUAUGUUAUCUACGUUGUUCGGGAUGUUGUCAGGUUUUGUUUCGUUUCAUGUUGUCGCUCGUACUACCGUCUUCAGUCAUCUAUGGAUAGUCUUCU